GUCAGAGCGUCGGGUGUCGCGAGCCAGUGACGUCAGUCGCCCGCGACGCGCGGGAUACCAUGCUGCCGGCUGUCUGCUGCCGCUCCCUCUUGCUGCAGCGACUGCUGCGUCUUCGGAGUCGCUUGGCGGUGGGGAUCCGCUCUCCUCUGCGUGACUUUGGGCACGAGCCUUUUGAGGGAGCGCAGUCACUGGGUGGACAGUCUUCCGCGUCCAGAGAGGCGGGAGAAGGAACGUGCGAGGCUGCACCCAGUCUGCCGCCCGGACCAGAAUCACCGCCUUCUCUCCCCCCGCACCUGCCGGACCCCGGGGUCCUCGGGCCGCCGCAGCUGCCGGACGGGCCACCCCCUCGGGAGCAUGGCCCCUCGCCGCCCGCCCUGGCCCAGACCCAGACCCGGCCAACUUCCACAGAGGUGCCCUUUCGGGUUGGGGAGUUGGUUUUAGCUGAGACUAGGAAGAAAAACGUGGAAGUUAAGUUAUUUACGUUGGGCAGCGUCGGGUAUUUCAGGAAGAGUCGGAGGUCCAUCCCUUUCAGCGAGAUUGAGGGGAAGUUGCCCGGCCAGUUACUGAGGAGUUCCUCUGGUAAACAGUUCAUGAUGAAGAGGCCGUCACUGGAGGACUAUGUGCUCCUGAUGAAAAGAGCGACCGCCAUAGCCUCCCCAAAGGAUAUAAAUAUGAUUCUGUUGAUGAUGAAUAUCCACCCAGGAGAUACUGUUUUGGAAACUGGCUCAGGCUCUGGUGGGAUGAGCUUAUUUUUAUCCAAAGCAGUUGGACCACAAGGAAGAGUAAUAAGUUUUGAUAUACGAAAAGAACACCACGAACAGGCUAAGGAGAACUAUAAACACUGGCGUGAUUCAUGGAAAAUAAGUCAUGAAGAAGAAUGGCCUGACAAUGUGGAAUUUAUUCAUAAGGACAUUUCAGGAGCAGCUGAAGACAUAAAAUCUUUAACAUUUGAUGCAGUAGCUCUGGAUAUGCUGAACCCUCUGAUUGCUUUGCUUGUUGUGUAUCCACAUCUUAAACAGGGUGGUGUGUGUGCUGUGUAUCUGGUGAGUAUCACACAGGUCAUUCAACUUGUAGAUGGAAUUCGUAUGUACGGCCUUGCUCUCUCAUGUGAAAAGAUCAGUGAAGUCAUAGUCAGAGACUGGGUGGUCUGCCUUGCAAAACAGAACAGUAGGAUUUCAGCACGAGAAGUCGAGUCUAAAACCAACACAGAGCUACAGUUAAGUUCUGAAGAGAAUACUGCAGCUGAAGAUGAGAUGUCUCAGGAGGAGAGUAAUGAAGACUCACAUUCUGCUUUGCCAGAUGGACCGCUCCCCUAUGUUGCUAAGCCAUCACAUAAGCAGAAGAGCCACACAGCUUUUCUUGUCAAGUUGAGGAAGUUCAAAUUUCACCCAAGCAUCUCAGGUGACAGACAGUAACUGAUCUGAAGAAGGAGGAACAUCAAAACAGAACUUUAUAUUCCAAAGCACUACUUUCAGAGAUUGGGGUUUUUAGCUGUUACUAUGGUUUGUAUAACUUUUCCUUAAAAUUUUGAAAAGUAACAAGCUUUAAAAGGGUGUGUAACAUUUCAAACUGCUUAAAUGUCUUAUUUUGAUACUUGUCUUCUAGUUAAUUUGACAUUUUCUAAAGGAUUCCAGCUGCGUCAUUUCAUUCUUCACUGCCUGUAAACCACUCCAUAGAUUUGUCUUUCUUCAUAGAAUUAUGUUUCUUUUCUUUGUUUGAUUGAUGGUCAUUGGCUACCAAAAUAAAACAUGCAUUGUAAGAAAAAAAAAUGUAUCUGUGUAUAUUAAGUAUAUAUUUAGUGGCAUGUGUGUAUUUUGGACUUUUUUAAAUAUUUAUUUUGGCUAAAUACAGAAGUUGAGAAUGGAGGGGGAAGUAGAGAUGGAGGGAAGGAGAGACACCUGCAGCACUGCUUUACCAUUUGUGGAGCUUCCUCCCUGCAGGUGGGGUCAGGGGCUUGAACCCAGAUCCUUGCGCGGGUCCCACGCGGGUCCGUGCACUUUGUAUUCUGUGCACUUGCCCAGGCGCACAACCACUCCUCCCUCCGUUUACUUCUUAUAACUCAGACUUUAAGUUUUGUUUUGUUUGCUAUCAGAGCUUCGCUGGAGCUUCACGCCUGCACAAUUCUACCAAACCUAGCAGACUCUUCCUGUUUUCUUUCUUUCUCCUCCCCCCUCCGCCAGAGGGUGAGAGACAGAGAGAGGUGGGAGAUCGCUGCACUAUUUCAUCACUCACAGAGCUUCCAUUUUGCAUGGUGUGCCUGCGGGAUGGUCCAGGACUUAGAGUGGGUCCUCAAGCAUAAUAAAACAUUUACUCUACUGAGUGAGCUAGCUCAUGUCCUUACAUUAAAAAAGAAAGAAAGAAAAAGAAAAAAAA